GAAGAGGAGGAAGGCGGCGUCGGGCUUCAUCUCCUGCCCGCCGGAAUCCCCUCCUCCCCUCCUCCAUUGCCAUGGCGCGGAGCAACUGGGAGGCCGACAAGAUGCUGGACGUGUACAUCUACGACUACCUGGUCAAGCGCAACCUCCACAACUCCGCCAAGGCCUUCAUGAACGAGGGCAAGGUCGCCACCGAUCCAGUCGCCAUCGACGCGCCGGGGGGGUUCCUCUUUGAGUGGUGGUCCAUCUUCUGGGACAUCUUCGAUGCCAGGACCAGGGACAAGCCGCCACAAGGGGCCACCGCCGCUUCUAUAGAUCUCAUGAAGUCAAGGGAACAACAGAUGAGAAUCCAACUAUUACAACAGCAGAACGCCCACCUGCAGAGAAGAGAUCCAAAUCAUCCGUCCGUUAACGGUGCUAUGAACAACUCUGAUGUAUCGGCAUUUCUGGUUUCAAAAAUGAUGGAAGAAAGAACAAGGAAUCAUGGCCCCAUGGACUCAGAGGCAUCACAGCAGCUCUUAGAGGCGAAUAAGAUGGCUCUUCUCAAGUCAGCAGCAGCUAAUCAGACUGGGCCGCUUCAGGGUAGCUCGGUCAAUAUGUCAGCUCUGCAGCAGAUGCAGGCGAGAAAUCAACAAGUUGACAUCAAAGGUGAUGGUGCUAUGCCACAACGAACAAUGCCUACAGACCCUUCUGCAUUAUACGCAGCAGGGAUGAUGCAACCAAAAUCUGGAUUAGUUGCUUCUGGACUAAAUCAAGGAGUUGGGAGUGUACCACUGAAAGGCUGGCCGCUAACAGUCCCAGGUAUGGAUCAACUGCGGUCAAAUUUAGGCGCACAGAAGCAGUUGAUGCCAUCCCCAAACCAAUUUCAACUUUUAUCACCACAACAGCAAUUAAUUGCUCAAGCACAAACACAGAAUGACCUUGCUAGAAUGGGUUCGCCAGCUCCAUCUGGUUCCCCAAAGAUUCGGGCAGAUGAACAGGAAUAUUUGAUUAAGAUGAAAAUGGCCCAGAUGCAGCAGUCAGGUCAACGGAUGAUGGAAUUGCAACAGCAGCAGCAGCAUCAUCUGCAACAACAACAACAACAGCAACAUCAACAACAACAGCAGCAGCAGCAGCAGCAGAUGCAACAGAAUACUAGAAAACGGAAGCCAACUUCUUCUGGGGCUGCUAAUAGUACAGGCACAGGAAAUACCGUUGGGCCUUCUCCGCCCUCAACUCCAUCAACACAUACUCCUGGUGGUGGAAUACCAGUAGCUAGCAACGCGAACAUUGCGCAAAAGAAUUCAAUGGUUUGCGGCACGGAUGGGACCAGUGGAUUUGCUUCAUCCUCAAAUCAGAUGGACAACUUGGAUAGUUUCGUUGAUUUUGAUGACAAUGUUGAUUCAUUUUUGUCAAAUGAUGAUGGAGACGGGCGAGACAUAUUUGCUGCAAUGAAGAAAGGCCCCUCAGAGCAGGAGUCUCUAAAGAGUCUUUCUUUGACUGAGGUUGGUAAUAAUCGCACAAGCAACAACAAGGUUGUUUGCUGUCAUUUCUCUACAGACGGGAAGUUACUUGCCAGUGCCGGUCAUGAAAAAAAGCUCUUCCUCUGGAAUAUGGAUAAUUUUAGCAUGGACACCAAAGCAGAAGAGCAUACAAACUUUAUAACGGACAUAAGAUUCAGGCCAAAUUCAACUCAGUUGGCUACAUCAUCUUCUGAUGGAACUGUUCGAUUAUGGAACGCUGUUGAACGAACCGGCGCUUUACAGACUUUCCACGGGCACACUUCCCAUGUGACUUCGGUAGACUUCCACCCAAAACUAACGGAGGUCCUCUGCUCAUGCGAUGACAACGGAGAGCUCCGGUUCUGGACGGUCGGUCAGACCGCACCUUCACGUGUCACCAGGGUCAAACAGGGCGGUACUGGUAGGGUGAGGUUCCAGCCUCGGAUGGGGCAGCUCCUUGCGGUGGCUGCUGGGAACACGGUGAACAUCAUCGAUAUCGAGAAGGACACGAGUCUGCAUUCGCAGCCAAAGGUCCACUCGGGCGAGGUGAACUGCAUCUGCUGGGAUGAGAGCGGCGAGUACCUGGCGUCGGCGAGCCAGGACAGCGUGAAGGUGUGGUCAGCGGCAUCAGGCGUGUGCGUUCACGAGCUGCGGUCCCAUGGGAACCAGUACCAGUCUUGUAUAUUCCACCCUCGAUACCCGAAGGUGUUGAUUGUGGGCGGUUAUCAGACGAUGGAGCUGUGGAGUCUGUCGGACAACCAGAGGAACGUGGUGGCGGCGCAUGAGGGGCUUAUCGCGGCGCUGGCGCACUCCCUGUCCACGGGGUUGGUGGCCUCUGCCAGCCACGACAGGUCCGUGAAGGUGUGGAAGUAGAUGGAAAGACCGGACCGAGCAUUUGUGUUUCUGGGGGUACGUGAUGAGAGGUUAGACGCAUGUACGUACGAUACAUAGAGGAGUUAAGAAUGUGUAAUUAAACUGUGGCGACUGGAUCAAUCAAUUUUAGUGGAAGAAACUGUGCUAUAGUACUAGUAUAUAUUUAAUUAA